GGAGUCACCGCCCCCCGGCGGCGGGGCGCGCCGGCGGUGGCAUGGGGCGGGCGGCGCUGGCGCUGUGGGCGCUGGUGGCCGCCGCUGCCGCGUGGCCUACGGAAGCGGCGGCGGGCGGGCCAGCAGAUGCCAAAUGGAAAACAAUAACUGAUCAAAUUAACAGAGCUCUAGAAGUCUAUAAGCCAUGUGUAAAGGAGAAUUGUAGCUGCCACCAAAGUGUCUGGAAGCAGGAUCUGGCUCCUUUUCGAGGUGGCAUUUCCAAGGAGACAAUAUCAGAUGUGGUGAGCCGGAAGCUCGGAACACACUACCAGAUCAUUAAGAGCAAGUUGUACCGUGAACAUGACUGCAUGUUCCCUGCAAGAUGCAGUGGAGUUGAGCAUUUCCUUCGUGGGAUCAUCAACCGCCUCCCCGACAUGGAAAUGGUGAUUAAUGUGAGAGACUAUCCCCAGGUCCCUAAGUGGAUGAAACCUGUUAUCCCAGUCUUCUCCUUCAGUAAGACAGCUGAAUACAAUGAUAUAAUGUAUCCUGCCUGGACAUUUUGGGAAGGAGGACCGGCUGUUUGGCCAAUCUACCCAACAGGUUUAGGGCGCUGGGACCUCAUGAGAGAGGACCUCAGGAGAUCUGCAGAAAAAUGGCCGUGGCUGAAAAAAAUCUCUAAAGGAUAUUUCCGAGGAUCCAGAACGAGCUCUGAAAGAGAUCCCCUCAUUCUUCUGUCCCGAGAAAACCCAGAACUUGUUGAUGCGGAGUACACCAAAAACCAGGCUUGGAAAUCUGAGAAGGACACCUUGGGGAAGCCUCCUGCAAAGGAAAUUCCACUGGUUGAUCACUGCAGAUACAAGUAUCUGUUUAAUUUCCGGGGAGUGGCUGCCAGUUUCCGGUUGAAACACCUCUUCCUAUGUGGUUCACUCGUCUUUCAUGUUGGAGAAGAGUGGUUGGAGUUCUUCUAUCAGCAGCUGAAGCCUUGGGUCCACUACAUCCCAGUCAAAUCAGACCUCUCCGAUGUCAGGGAACUGUUGCAGUUUGCAAAGGAAAAUGACAACAUAGCACAAGAAAUUGCAGAGAGGGGACGCCAAUUCAUCACUGAACACUUGCAGAUGGACGAUGUCUCUUGCUACUGGGAGCGUCUGUUGUCAGAAUAUUCCCAAACCUUGACUUACAAAGUGAAAAGGAGGAAGAACUACAGUGAGAUCACUUCUGAACGGUUGAAAACAGAACUGUAGAGACUUAUCUGCUUUUCUCUUCAGCUCAAACUGAUCUUUCUGGAAAUCUGAAGAUCAAUGUAUCUUCUUUCUUGUUCUCUCAGAUUUAUUAUUCUUUACACUAAAACUGCAGAGAACACCCAUAGGCUAACUUUAAAAUUAUUCCCAUGCAGUGGGACCCAGUUCUACUGUUGCCACAAGAACAUUAAGUUGAAGGCUGGAGUAUGGGUGUUUGCUGGGCUGAUUGUGCUCGAGCCUGGAAGAGCGUCGUUAUCAUUUGGGAUUUUGUCACUACCUGUCUCAGAGCAAUCCUAAAUCCCAUCCAAUCAAUGAGAUGCCUUGUUGUUCAUUUUACUGGACCUUAUGCCAAGUCCUCUGUACUCAUGGCAAGGUACUGUUUGCUAUACUCAGCUGAGAGAUACAUGUCCAUUUUUGGCAGUGGUCAGUGUUUUCUCACUGGUGUGAUAGCACUUGGGAUAUUAGGUAUUCUCUGACAGAAGCAGGUAACGGGAUUCGGGAUAACUUUUUUAGAUAGCUUAGAGCUUAGAUUUGUGAUGUUUAGGUCAGGUUCUCAAGGAGGUUAAUGGCCAGACUUUGAUGGGCCAUUAAAAGGACAAAUUAUCCUUGCACAGGUAAAUUACCUACCUCACAAGGGAACGGUUGGUGAUGACAGCAUUGCCAUAAUGCUUGGCCUGAGUAGCAGACAGUCAGGCAGCUGGGAUAAAGACUGCCUCCACUGUGGGGCAUUGAUCUGGAUCCAUGCAUGGCCAUGCAAAACUGAGGCUGUGUUGUCAAGGUCUCAGUGGUCUGCUGGCCAGACAUCCUGGGACCCUUAAGAACCUAGAGAAAAUAUACACAGAGAUAGACUGAGCAGGUUGUUUUUUUUUUUUUCUGGGUGUUCAUUGAUUCUCUGUUCUGAUCCCCUUCUGUAAUCUUUCUAGGGCUUUUCAUUUUAGGGCUGGUGACACCUCUGCUCGGUUCAGCAUUCCCUUUUCUUUCACCCAGCUGUUAUGCUCCCGUUCUCCUUCAGUCUGGCUGAGGGAACACCUUCAGUCACACAGAGGCAGCUACUCCUCACAUUAUUUGUGUUAAGUUCAGCCAUAGGUUGCUUGUGCUAAGUGUAUUCAUGCCAACUGCAGGCUGCUCAGCUCAUAAGGAGUACAGUUUCCAAAAUGCUCUGUCUUCUCUGAGCUGAGAGAGGCCUGGGAGGAAGCAGCAUGUUCUCUGGCAUCCAGACAGGCUUAGUUUCUCCUACUUACUGUUUUCUCAGUAGCGUCAAAGCCUUGUAUUAAAACAAGUUUUUGAGUGGCACAGAGCUAGGCUGUGCUGUUUCCUAACCUGUCCGGUCCCCUGCAGCUGUGAGCCACUUGCUUUGAGAUCACUGCUCCUUCUGUGCUGCAGAUUGUCUGCCUGAGCAGGGCCAGAGCAGUCACUGUCCCAGACAUAUCCUUUGGGUGUGAGUGGCCAUCUGUCAGCUGGGCACAGGUCUUGGCCUUCCUGGCAUGUGGGUGCCUAAGCCUGCUGGAGUGCAGAGAAGCUCCCACCGGCUGAAACAGCAGUGGUGGCAGCAGUGUGGGAUUCUGGCGUGGCCUCUGCAUCUCUGGUGAGCUCCACUGCUUAUGAAGUGGCCUCACUCAUGUCUUAGGAAACAGCGCAUUAAUGGAAGGGAACAAUAACAACAGCUCGUAGUUUUCUCUGUAGUCAGUUUGGAUCAGAGAAGAAAACACUGUCAAGAAGCACCAAGUACACGCACAACACAUAUGUGCUCAGACACCUCAGCAGCACUGCCCAUUCCAGGAGCAGGGAAGUAACUGUCAGUGCUACCAGUGAAGCUGCUGGCACAGCACACAGCUACAUGCCACUGUGGGCACAGAAAACAAAUUAGGGUGUUAAAAUAGUUUGGUUUCAGAGGAAAAGGGUUGUGUACGAGUGGAAAGGGUUUUCUGGUUUUGUAUUUUUAGCCAAUGAAGCUCAGCAAUCUGAGAAAUGGAAACAACUCUGUAUAGUAUUUUUAAACCAUUUUUAAUGAUGUGCUUUUGGAUUAAAACAAACAAAAAUGAA